GACAACAUGAACUCCACUUUUGCUGCUUUUUGCUAGAAAUGAUGCUUUUCUGUACAAUUUGCCAUCUGAAGGCCCUGCAGGACUGGAACAGCUAAGAGAGUUUUGAGGAUUUCACAACAUAUAUUGAUGUAACGCUCUGCUUUCAGAAACACUACUCAUCAUCAUGGGGAACUUCAUCGCCAACGAGGGACUCUCCAUCUUUGUUAUUCUGGUGUGGCUGGGGAUCAACGCUUACCUGUUUGUUGAGUUCUACAUGAGGUUCCUGGUCGAGAGGUGGUUUUACACCAGAGUCCUGCUCGGGCAUGCCCUGCCCUGGGCCAGAGCUCCUGCUGCCUGCCUCAACUUCAACUGUUUGCUCAUUCUGCUGCCGGUCUGCCGAAACCUCCUCUCCUUCCUCCGAGGCUCCAUCCAGUGCUGCAGCCGCACAGCAGCUCGCCAACUAGAUCGAAACAUCACUUUUCACAAACUGGUGGCUUACAUGAUCGCCUUCCAUACAGCCGUGCACAUUGUUGCACACUUGUUCAACUUUGAGUAUUUCAUGGACGCGCAGCUGAAUCGCAACGGCAGCCUUCUGACCUUCGUUCUGUCUGAAAUCGGCAACGGAGACAACGCCUCCUUCCUCAACCCCAUCAGAAGCAACGAGACGAACCCUACCAUUGUCAUGUUCACCACCAUCGCCGGGCUGACGGGCGUCGCCAUCACGCUCGCCCUCAUCCUCAUCAUCACCUCAUCCAUGGAGGUCAUCCGCAGGUCGUACUUCGAGGUGUUCUGGUACACGCAUCACCUCUUCGUCAUCUUCUUCAUCGGCCUGGUGUUCCACGGCUUCGGGCGUAUUGUGCGAGGACAGACGAACGACAGCCUGAAAACAAACAAACCGGACUUAUGCGCCGACAACUUUGAAGAUUGGGGAAAAGCAGGGUCCAACUGCAGCGUACCGGUGUUUGCUGGAAACCCACCGAUGACGUGGAAGUAUGUGGUUGCCCCCAUGUUCCUCUACCUGUGUGAGAGACUCGUUCGCUUCUAUCGAUCCCAUCAGAAGGUGGUCAUCACCAAGGUGGUGAUGCAUCCGUCCAAGACUCUGGAGCUGCAGAUGAAGAGGAAAGGCUUCCACAUGGAGGUUGGUCAGUACGUCUUCAUCCAGUGUCCGUCUGUCUCCAGGCUGGAGUGGCAUCCCUUCACCCUGACCUCGGCCCCGGAGGAAGACUACUUCAGCGCCCACAUCCGCAUCGUCGGGGACUGGACUCAGGCGCUGUACGAGGCCUGUGGAGGAGAUAGAAACGAACCCCAGGAAGCCUGGAAGCUGCCCAAGAUGGCCAUCGACGGCCCGUUUGGUACCGCCAGCGAGGACGUGUUUCGCUACGAGGUGGUGAUGCUGGUGGGGGCAGGAAUCGGAGUGACUCCCUUCGCCUCUAUCCUCAAGUCUGUGUGGUACAAACGCAUCCAGAACAACCAGGAGGUGUUCACCAAGAAGAUCUACUUCUACUGGCUGUGUCCGGAGACGCAGGCCUUCGAGUGGUUUGCAGACCUGCUGCAGUCUCUGGAGGGUCAGAUGGCCGAGAGGGAAGUGACCGACUUCCUGAGUUACAACAUCUAUCUGACCCGCUGGAAGGACACCGAGGCGGCUCAUUUCCGAGUUCACCACGAGGCAGAGAACGAUCCAAUCACCGGGCUCAAACAGAAGACUCUUUACGGGAAACCGAACUGGGACAACGAAUUCACCAACAUUGCAUCCAAGCACCCGGGAACCAAAGUUGGCGUCUUCCUGUGCGGCCCGCCUCAGCUGGGCAAAUCUCUGGAGAAACAGUGUCUGUCGCACUCAGAGGACGACGUCAAGUUCAUCUUCAACAAGGAAAACUUCUAGAAUAGCAUCCGCAAAGGUUGGACGGCGACGACAAAGGAAACUUUAUAGCAGCAGUGACGUUCUGCUUGGACUCUACACCAAACAUCGUCCACGUUUUACACCAACAAAAAAAAAAGACUGUACAAGAUUUUACAGUGAAGGCCUGAAAUGAAUCACAGGAAAUGGCAAGUAGUGAGCUGUUAUGUGACCAAUGGGUUUCUUCUGGCAGGAAAAGAUAUAAACAAAUGACAGAAGAUGGUGAAAGGUUGUGUUGGAGAUGGUGAUGGUAAAUUUGAAGUGUUUUUAUUUUUAACUUUUUAAACGAAAAUGAUUCAUAUCCCUCAUAAAUGUCUCAAACGUAUGACAUUGCUUCACAUAAAGCAAAUACUUUGAUUUUCCUUAAAAUGAAGCUGCAGCAAUGCUCAUUUGAGAGGAAUUAAAUUAAAGUUGGCCCAACAACUCCCUUUUUUUCAGCGUAGGAACAAUCAGACGAAUGGCAUUUUUAGUAAAAAUAGAAAUAGUUCAAAUUGAACAUUUCUAACACAAACUCUUACCCUCCUUUAUCAAUUGUUUAUGUCAUUUGCAGCCACACCAAACCUAUCAGUCAAAUAAAAAGCCACUAAAUGCUAUGGCUGUGAAGGGUUUUACUGUUCACUGUAUUCAUCUGUUACAGUCGGCUUCUCCUCUUCUCACCACAGACGUUUUGCAAAUGCUCUUGCUCAAAAAGCGAUGUGGUGUUUUCCACAUUCCCUUCUUCUCCUUUUUGCAUUACGACAAUAAGAGAAACUGCUUGUUUCAAAACAUUUCUUCCUUUUUUAUUUGUUCCAUCCCGUUGUGUUGCCGUUGGGCGUGUGCCAGACGUGGACGCAGUUAUUGAAAAAAAAUCAAGCCUGGUAUGUGUUGGUACAAAUUCCCCAAAGUGAAAGAGGAAAAUCAACGAAUCAGCCUCGAACAAAAAAGCUUUGGCUGCUACAGUGGAGCUGUUAUGU